AGGCGAUAAACAUUCCCAGCUCCAACGAGUCAAAAGCCAGCACAAACAAACAACGGCACGCAGAAGCUCAAAGAGAAGCAAGAACACUGUGCCGGCGGCCGAUCGAAUCCACCGAGCAAUCGUCGUGCGCUGCCGCGGAGCCUCCAAGGCGGCGGAGAUCGAUCUGCGACAUACGAUGGCGGCGCCCUACUACGGCGGAGGCCCUGCGCCGCCACCGGCGGCGGCGCCGGCCCCUGUGGCGGUGGUGUCCCCGCAGUUCUGCGCGCCGUACGUGGUGCCCCUGACGGUGACCAAGAAGGCCAUCAGCCUCUCCGACGGCGACUUCACCGUCACCGACGCCAACGGCGCCGUCGUGCUGCGGGUCAAGGGCGCCAUCUUCAGCGUCCGCCACCGCCGCGUCCUCCUCGACGCCGCCGGCCAGCCCAUCCUGUCCAUGCAGGAGAAGGUAUUUAGCAUGCACAACAGGUGGGAGGUCUUCAGAGGGGAUAGCUCCAACGCAAGCGACUUGCUCUUCACUGCCAAGAAAUCUUCCAUCAUCCAACUAAAGACAGAGAUGGACAUCUUCCUGGCUGCCAACACCGCGCAGCAGUUGUGCGAUUUCAAGAUCAAGGGUAGCUACUUCGACAGGUCAUGCGCCUUCUACCUUGGCGACUCUAACAACAUGAUUGCUCAAAUGAACCGUCAGUUUACUGUCUCGAACGUACUGCUUGGGAAGGACACGUUCGGUGUCACCGUGUUCCCAAAUGUUGACUACGUGUUCAUCGCAGCUCUUGUUGUGAUACUGGAUGAGAUUCAUAGGGAACGAUCCGACUGAGGACCGGUACAUAUGCACAAGAUCAUCAUGUUCCAGCACGUUAUAUAUAUAGUAGUAUAAUAUAUAUUAUCACAAGUUGUUGUCACCUGCUUUAUCCAUGUAUUUGAGGGUUUUGAAUAUGUCCAAUUAUACUAGAAAGAUCUACUAUUGAACAUUUGAACUUUGUUGUUUAAUAUUAUGCCAAUGUUCAUAGUAUUGUGUAUUGAUUUAUUUUUCAUAUAUUUCGAGAUUUUUUUU